AUGGCUGCUUUCACGUGUACUUCUCGUCUUCCGAUUUCUCUCCGGUCGGAGAUGAGGAUCGCCUCCUCAACGACGGUAUCACUCUCCACUCGACAGAUGUUCUCUGUGUUACCGGAAUCUGGAGGAUUGAGGACUCGCGUCUCUUUAUCUUCGGUCUCCAAGAAUUCCAGGGCUUCUCGAUUACGGCGAGGCGUCGUCUGCGAAGCUCAGGAAACUGCUACAGGGAUUCCUGUGGUCAACGAUUCAACAUGGGAGUCUCUAGUUCUCAAAGCUGAUGAGCCUGUUCUUGUGGACUUUUGGGCACCAUGGUGUGGACCCUGCAAAAUGAUAGAUCCCAUUGUGAAUGAACUAGCACAACAGUACACUGGGAAGAUCAAGUUCUACAAACUAAACACAGAUGAUUCUCCUACAACCCCGAGCACGUACGGUGUUAGAAGCAUCCCAACCAUCAUGAUCUUCGUCAAGGGAGAGAAGAAAGAUACAAUCAUCGGCGCAGUGCCUAAAGCCACACUAGCAUCCAGCAUCGACAAAUUCUUGCAGUGA